AUGGGAGUAAGCGUGGAGGCUGGAAGACUUAUUGUUAUUCUAACAAACACUUUAACUACCAUUGUAGGUUUUAUCCUUAUCGUGUUGGGACUUUAUGAACUCGCGUCCCCUGAUGUAAGCUUGUACUCGAACGCGAUUCCUCUUGAUACUAUCAUUUUUGGCAUCAUCAUUCUUUUGAUUUCUAUUACUGGUUGUUGUGGUGGAGUAGCCGAGAGUAAACCUGUCUUAUGGGCUGUCGAAAACGUUCUUGACACUUGGUGGCAAUUUGCUUAUACCGAUAAUCCUAGAAUAAUUCGCGACAUCGAAGAUAAGUAUUCGUGCUGCGGAUUUAGGAAUGUAACAGAUCGUGCCAUCCCAAAAAAAAGCCCAGAUGCCUGCACUAAAAGUUCUUGGUUUGGUUAUGACAAACCUUGUUUGGCAGUUUUAACCCAAGCAUAUAGGCAUCAUCAAACUGCACUCGGUGUUUGGGGGAUUAUUUUGGCUCUUAUCCAGAUUCUCGCUCUGAUUUCGGCAUACGUUCUUAUUGCAAAUUUACCGACUCCUGAACAACGUGAUCGUGAUUAUAGAGCUGAACACGAACGACUUAUUAAGGUUGGUCGUGCGGAUCCUGAACAACAACAAUCUAAACCUUAUUAUACUGAUAGAGGUACUGGUGUAAGUAGUGGUUCGUCAGGUGCAGCACGUGAUCAAUAUGGUGCUAUUAAUCCAUAA